AUGUCUCAAGAUAAUUUCAACGUCGCUCAUUGUGGUUCAGCGGAAUCACGUCGCCUCUCUGCGUCAGAGGAGGCAGAAAUACUUGAGUCGUGGAAGCCUCAACGAAGAGUUCAUGAGCUGGACAUCAAGUGCAGAACUUAUAAGGAGUACAACUUUAAGCUCCAAUCACAGGUAAAGAUACUUCAGCAGAGCUUAAAAGUUAUGAGGGCUGAGAAAACCAUGCUGCAGGAGUCGGUCAGUGAAAACACAGAGAUAAAGAAAGAACUGACCCAGGUCUUGAACCUUCUGUCCAAGGAAAAAAGUUUCAGGGAUAAAAAUGACACUUACAUAAGAAAGCUGGAAGAGAAGUUGGGUUUGAAUGAAGAGAAUGAAAAUAUGACUGCUGGGCUGCUCCAGUUCAAAUCUCUAAGUGAUACACAAAAAACUGAAAUUGAAAAUCUGAAAGCAGCAGUGCAGGAUCUAGAGGAAAAUGAGAGGAUCCUGAGGGACAACCUCACUGCUGAACACGACCGACUAAAAUCUCUCAGAGAGGAAAAACACACAGAGGUUGAACAGCUGAGGGCAGAACUGCAGAGUCUUCAGGACAAUGAGAUGAUUCUGAAUGAGCAGAACAAGAAUCUCACUGCUGACAUGGCCCAACUUGAAUGCUUCAAUGUGAAAAAACAUGCAGAGGUUAAACAGCUGAGGGCAGAACUGCAGAGUCUUCAGGACAAUGAGAUGAUUCUGAAUGGGCAGAACAAGAAUCUGACUGCUAACAUGGCCCAACUUGAAUGGUUCAAUGCGAAAAAUCAAGCAGAGGUUAAACAGCUGAGGGCAACAGCAUUUGACUCUGAGCAUUGCGCAGAGGAGGCUCAGCAAGACCACAGUGAUGAAGAUGAGUUAUUACAGAAGGUGGUCAGACUGCAGACAGAAAACAAAAAUCUGUUAGCAGCGGUGCAGGACCUACAGGCAAAUGAGAAGAUCCUGAGGGACAACCUCACUGCUGAACGUGACCAUAUGAAAUCUCUCAAAGAGAAAAAACAUGCAGAGGUUGAACAGUUGAGGGCACAACUGCAGAGUCUUCAGGACAAUGAGAUGGUUCUAAAUGAGCAGAACAAGAAUCUCACUGCUGACAUGGCCCAACUUGAAUGCUUCAAUGCGAAAAAACAUGCAGAGGUUAAACAGCUGAGGGCAGAUCUGCAGAGUCUUCAGGACAAUGAGAUGGUUCUAAAUGAGCAGAACAAGAAUCUCACUGCUGACAUGGCCCAACUUGAAUGCUUCAAUGCGAAAAAACAUGCAGAGGUUGAACAGCUGAGGGCAGAUCUGCAGAGUCUUCAGGACAAUGAGAUGGUUCUAAAUGAGCAGAACAAGAAUCUCACUGCUAACGUGGCCCAACUUCAGUGCCUCUAUGCGAAAAAUCAGGCAGAGAUUGAACAGCUGAGAACAACAGCGUAUGACCUUGAACAAUGCGCAACAGAGCCUCAGCAAGACUGUAGUGUUGAAAAUGAGCUACUACAGAAGGUGGCUGCAUUGCAGACAGAAAACGAAAGCCUGUUAGCAGCAGUCCAGGAUCUACGGGAAAAGAAGAAGCUCCUGAGGGACAACCUCACUGCUGAACACGACCGACUAAAAUCUCUCAAAGAGGAAAAACUUGCAGAGGCUGAACAGUUGAGGGCAGAAUGGCAGAGUCUUCAGGACAAUGAGAUGGUUCUAAAUGAGCAGAACAAAAAUCUCACUUCUGACAUGGCCCAACUUGAAUGCUUCAAUGCGAAAAAACAUGCAGAGGUUGAACAGCUGAGGGCAGAACUGCAGAGUCUUCAGGACAAUGAGAUGAUUCUAAAUGAGCAGAACAAGAAUCUCAGUGCUAACGUGGCCCAACUUGAAUGCCUGUAUGUGAAAAAUCAAGCAGAGAUUCAAAAACUGAAAGCAACAGUGUAUGACCUUGAGCAAUGCGCAGAGGAGGUUCAGCAAAACCACAGUGCUGAAGAUGAGCUAUUGCAGAAGGUGGCCAAACUGCAAACAGAGAACAAAAACCUGUUAGCAGCAGUCCAGGAUCUGCAGGUAAGGGAGACCUCUCUGUACGAGCAGAAUAAGAACAUAUGUGCCGAACUGGCACUGGCUGAAUCUCUUAUAGAAAAAAAACAGGCAGAGAAUAGAUAUCUGUGGUCAGAAGUUAAUGAUCUACAGGAAAAUGUGAAAAUCUUAAAUGAGAAAACUGAGAGCCUGAUGGCUGAGGUGGCCCACCAUGAAUCUCUGCGAGAGAAAAAACAAGGUGAGAUUGAAAGUCUGAGGGCAGCAGUAUGUGAACUUCAGUGUCAAGUAAGAGAAGCUCAGGAAGUUAACAGAGAUGUGGAUGAGGUAAUGCAGAAGCUGACUCACGUUGAAUCUCUUAUGGAGAAAAAACAGGCAGAGAUCAAACAGUUGGGGCUAGCACUGCAUGAUCUUCAGGAAAAAGAAGGAUUUCUGAAUAAGCAGAAUGAGAGCAUGGCUGAUGAACUGGCCCGACUUGAGCCUCUGGCAGAGAAACUAAACGAAAAGAACAAAAACCUGAAGAUAACUGUACAAGAUCUUCAGUGCCAGCUGGAGGAGGCUAAAAUACUAAUCUGGAAUAAAGAUGAGCUAAUAAGAAAGCAAGAGAGGGAAACUGCUUAUAAGCAGGAGCUGAUAGAGGAGCUUUAUAUCAGCACAACUGACAUGAAACAGUCAAUCCAUGAGCUUAAAGAGCUGAUAGAGACGAGGCAGGAGGAGAAUAUAUUAGGCGAUGUCAAUUUCAGAGAGGAGUCUAGAAAUGCUGAAAAUACAGAACAACUGGACUCCCCUGAGGAGCAGACCCAUGAGAGCCUCCUGGUUCCGACCGGAAGUUUGUGGCGUCGCUAUACUAAAGGUUUACUGAAAGUAGGUUUGCAUAUUGGCAUUACCACUGCAGGUCUAUUUAUUCCUGUGGGUAUCCUGGCCAGCCAAGUGACUGCCAACUGCAAUACAGUCCAUAACUGCUGCCCGUCAGACUGUGCCUACCAGCUCCUAGAGCCCUACUACAACUUCCUACAAACAGUUCCUCAUCCCUUCUAAGACAAGCAACAUAACCUAAUCUAAUCUAUCUAACACCCUACCCUACCUACCGACC